AUGGAGCGAGCAGGCUCGGUUCUAAGGCCAUGGUUCGCAUCUUGUUUCUCGUGUAUCUGGCGUCGUGAUGAUGAGCAGGCUCAUCAACAUCACCGUCCAACUCAAGAUCUGGGAGUCGAGAGAGAAAUGAAAAUAUGUCAUGACCAACCUCACCUGGUGCCGCCAAUGAAGCUGGUGUUCUAUGGCGAACUACCAAGUCCUGAUGGGACUCGUACGUCUACCAUAUCCCAAUGGAUUGCUGAGGGCCGGUCCCUCGCAUUGAAAGCAACAGAUCGAGCAAGCCUCUCGAGUAGAAAAAAGUCCAGCAAACGUGUCUCCCUCAAGCCAACGAUCAGUGAACCGUCGGAUUUCAGACGAGUUAAUGGCAUGCGAUCUCGUCUUGAACCCUUCCGCCCCCUGGAACUCAGUAUUUAUCAGCCAGGAAAUAGGCUUUCAGAUCUACCAGAAUUCGAGGCCUUCGACAUACCAACCCCUGACAAACUCGAGAUACUCCCUUCCAAGCCUCUGCCAAAGGUAUUAUUGCCUACCGAAACCUUCUUCGCACCUGAGAGUUCCAUGUUGCCGUUCAAAGUCCCUCGAAAACCAGUGGGUUCCACAAAGAACCUAUCACUAUCGAUCGGCAGCCGCAUCGAGGCGUAUGACCGUCGACCUACGUUACAGAGUUCUAUUCUCGACCCUGCUCCUCGGAGCGCAGCACACCAUGUUCAUUCUAAUAGAACUCCUCAACAUAACCGAACGACAAGUGAUCCAAUGAGCUUUUAUCAGAAACCGUCAAUUGAUCUCACAAAUGAAGCGCAAUUAACACCGCUAUCAGACCUCAACUCCUCCCACCAUCUCAACCUCAGUUCCGAUCCGAAAUUCCCUCGCUCUCAAAAGGUAACUCAGUGGCUCUUCCCCAAGCCACCAGCCCAUCAUCCCAACGCAACAACCCAGAACGCCUGGGUCCCCUUCCCCACACGCCCGCAGCCCACAAGCCAUUCCACCUCCCAUUCCCGUACCCUGAGCAAUUCGACCAUUUCAUCAGCCACCAUGUCCACGAUGGCUGGCACAGGACGUACUCCAUCACUCUCCAGCGCCAUAACGGCGGCAACUGUCCCUGCCCCACCGUCUAUACUUGGGACGCUGGACAAGGAAUUUGAGUCCAUGGUGCCAACAACCUCCCACAUGGCCAACAGCAACAACAAGGCGUCCGUUUCGCGUUUUGAGGAGCUGUGCCCCACUGUAUACGAAGCUGAUUACCACCAUUGUCAGCCGCAUCUGUUUCAAAAUGAUAUCGCGCCGGAAAAUUUUAGAUUCGCCUUUUAA